AGGAAGGUGUAGCUUUCUGCUUUCUGUACUUUGACACUGACAGAAAGAGAAAACAGGGUGAGAUUUUUUUUCGUAUUUGUCUGGUUCGUCUUUACGCUGUUCUCAGCACACUGUUGCAUCAGUCAUGGCGCAGGAAAAUCUGUCCGUGGUACUGCACUCCCAGGGAGACCUCAGGCUGGAAAACCGCCCCGUCCCGGAGCCAGGACCUAAUGAGGUUUUGCUCCAGAUGCACUCUGUUGGAAUCUGUGGAUCAGAUGUUCACUACUGGCAGCACGGCCGAAUUGGGGACUAUGUGGUCACGAAACCAAUGGUGUUGGGGCAUGAGGCGUCAGGGCGGGUGGUGAAGGUUGGAUCAGCAGUCAAGCACCUUAAAGUAGGUGACAGAGUGGCCAUUGAGCCCGGUGUGCCCCGCGAGACGGACGAGUUCUUCAAAAACGGACGAUAUAACUUGUCUCCUACCAUCUUCUUCUGUGCCACGCCCCCCGACGAUGGGAAUCUAUGCCGAUACUACAAGCACAGUGCCAACUUCUGUUACAAGCUGCCUGAUAAUGUGACAUUUGAGGAGGGAGCACUAAUUGAACCUCUUUCUGUGGGGAUCCACGCCUGUCGCAGAGCCGGCGUAACCCUCGGCAGCACCGUGCUCAUCUGUGGUGCAGGACCUAUUGGAUUGGUCUGUUUGCUCGUGGCCAAGGCAAUGGGGGCCUCACAGGUCGUCAUCACUGAUCUGUUCCCACAGCGUCUGACAAUGGCCAAAGAGUUGGGUGCAGACUUCCAGCUGACAGUGAAGAGAGGAGAUGGACCCCAGCAGCUGGCCAAGAGUGUGGAGCACAUGCUGGGCGCUCAGCCUCACAUCACCAUUGAAUGCACUGGUGUUGAGAGCAGCAUUCAGACUGCCAUCUAUGCGACAUGUUCAGGAGGUGUGGUGGUGCUGGUGGGUCUUGGCCCUGAGAUGGCCACUGUUCCUCUGAUCAAUGCUGCCGUAAGAGAAGUGGACAUCAGGGGGGUUUUCCGCUACUGCAAUACCUGGCCGAUGGCCAUAGCCAUGUUGGCAUCGGGUAAAGUGAACGUGAAGCCCCUCGUGACCCACCGUUUCCCUCUGGAGCAGGCAGCCCAGGCCUUUGAGACCACGCGUCAGGGUCUUGGGAUAAAGGUCAUGUUAAAGUGUGACGAGAAUGACUAUAAGCCCUGACCCGACCCGCCAGCACGACAGGCAGACAUCCACAAACUGGACAUUCACUGUAAGAAAGCUAGCAC